GAGACCCACAUCCGCCUCCAUUAGGAGCCCCAAUGGGAACAGCCAGACACCCUGAGGCACGGCUAGACAAGAAGUCUCUCAAUCUUUCAAAGAGGGACCAAAAAAAAAGAAAUCCCAUUGCCCGACUUAUCUCCCAGCAGCACCAUCGCCUCGCAGCAGAAGAUGUAGUCUGGGCUCUGACCACUCACUGUGCGCCUGUCUGCUCGGGCUGAUCGUUGUGGGGAAAUUGCCGAAGGCGUCUAUUGUGACCUUGGGAGCGCUUAGUUGAGGACAGAGCAGAAUUUCUGAAGGCACACAUGGUCUGGAGUGACAAGGCCAUCUGCUGUGGAGCCGGCUCUGCCCCGGCGGUGGAGGGUUAGGGAGGGGAGGGGCGGUGGACUGCAGGGGUGCAGAGAAUUCCUCUCGAUGGGGUGCGGAGGGAGUAGAUAUUCUGGGAUAUCGCUGGCAGCACACCGCGGAGAAACGUGUUUCUUUGGCGUUUUUUCGAGCCUGAAAUCCAAGGAAGAAUUCGUGAAGUCCUUCAAGUGAGGAGGGAUUCCUUGAAUGGGCUGAGGAAUAAGUUAUUUUCCCCCUGCACAACCCUCCACAAGUCGCCACAAAGUCAUUGGCGACAAUGCUCUCAGAUCGUCGCUCUUUACCCACGGUGGAUCUGGUUUCCUUCGUAUCGGGGCUCGGUCGGAGCUGAGAGCCGGACCCGGAGGGCCUCCAGGCACCGGUCCCUUCAGACCGUUCUCUUCGAGCCGUGGUCGUUGGGAGUCCUUCUGGGAUCAGCAGGGAUUUACUCGCUCGCUGCCUCGCUGCUGAAAGUGCGCGACUCAAACGGAUGAAUAUUUUUAUGAGCCAUCUUGUAGCAGAGAUGGGCCAGGACCAAACCAAGCAGCAGAUAGAGAAGGGCCUAAAGCUGUACCAGUCCAAUCAGACAGAGAAGGCUCUAGAUGUCUGGACCAAAGUCUUGGAGAAGACUUCGGAUCCUGGAGGGAAAUUCCGUGUGUUGGGGUGUUUGAUAACCGCCCACUCAGAAAUGGGGAAAUAUAAACAGAUGCUUAAGUACGCCCUAGCCCAGAUAGACACAGCCAGGGAGAUGGAGGACCCCGACUACCUGACGGAGGGCUACCUGAACCUGGCCCGCAGCAAUGAGAAGCUCUGUGACUACCAGAAGACCGUGUCCUACUGUAAAACGUGCCUGGACAUGCAGGGGACCACCGUCAGCCUCCAGCUCAACGGACAGGUGUGCCUGAGCAUGGGCAAUGCUUUCCUGGGUCUCAGCGUGUUCCAGAAGGCCCUGGAGAGCUACGAGAAAGCCCUACGCUAUGCACACAACAACGACGACAAGAUGCUGGAGUGCAGAGUGUGCUGCAGUCUAGGGAACUUCUACGUUCACCUCAAGGACUACGAGAAAGCCCUGUUCUUCCCCUGCAAAGCCGCCGAACUGGUCAACGACUACGGCAAAGGCUGGAGUCUGAAGUACCGCGCCAUGAGUCAGUACCACAUGUCGGUGGCGUACAGGAAGCUCGACCGCCUGCCCGACGCCAUGGAGUGUUGUGAGGAGUCCAUGAAGAUCGCCCUGCAGCAUGGCGACCGCCCUCUUCAGGCUCUGUGCUUGCUCAACUUUGCUGACAUCCACCGCUGUAGGAAAGAUGCUGAUAAAGCUUUCCCCCGCUACGAGUCGGCCAUGUGCAUCAUGACCGAGAUCGGGAACCGUCUGGGACAAGCACAGAUCUACCUGGGCGUGGCAAAGUGCUGGCUUCUGCAGAAAGACCUGGAUAAGGCUCAGGAGUCUUUGCAUCGAGCUGAGGAGUUGGCUGAGGAAUUGGGUAACAAGCUGUGCACUCUGAAGGUGUGCUGCCUGAGCGAGGGCAUGUUCCGCAGCCGGGGGCAGGGCGAGCAGCUCCGGCAGCAGGUGGUCAAGCUGCUGCAGUGCGUGGAGGAGCUGGAGCUCUACUGCGGGAUGUGCGGCGAGUCCAUCGGCGAGAGGGACCAACAGCUGCAGGCCCUGCCCUGCUCGCACAUCUUCCACCUCAAAUGCCUGCAGACCAACGGGACACGGGGCUGCCCUAAAUGCCGCCAAUCCUCUAUGAAGCCCGGGUUUGUUUGACCCGCGUGCCGGGACCUUCCCCUAAGCACGCGUUGGGUCUGCGAGACAUCAAGCACACACAGAGAGCCCCAGCCGGGUAUACGGUAGACUCUUCUUACCCAGCAGGUGGUUCAACGUCCGGACGGCCUGGAGAUGUGGACACCGCUUCACCCGGUAUCAGGAGAACGUGCUCCGUUCCCCCAUCGGCCUGGCGGGACGCUGAACAGGAACUGGGCCGGUGUUGAGGGACAGCGUUAAGGAGUCAACAGCCCUUAGAGGAUAUUUACAGAUGCCUGUCUCUGAGCCAAAGCUCACUUGGCAUUAGGAGGGAAAGAAUUUCACAUUAAAAGGUCUGGUAGAUUGAAGCCCUUGUUGUAUCUGAUCGCUGACCAUCGUUUUGAAAAUACAAUCAUAGGGACACACAGAGGAAUCCUGCCCGUAAAACAUGUGGUUCAAUAGUAGGCCACUAUAUAUUUGAUAGUUUGGUUGGAAAAGUGAAGCAUAAUAUGUGUGCCAUACAUGAAACAGUUGCCGGAUAAAAGAGAAUUAUUCUGUAUUCUACAUCUGUGGGUAGUCUUUGUUAUGUUUACUUAAAUGUGCUCCUGCAUUUAUAAUCAUAUUUAUAUUUUUGUGCAGAACACAUGCAAUAUCAGUAUUACUAUUACAUUUAUGUAUAUAUAUAAAUAUAUAUAUAUUUGAUAUAGGCCUACGUGUGUAUAUAAUGUUACUUUUUGAGAAAAGUUAGAUUUAUCUAGUGUUUUGUCAAACCAACUGUAAUAUCUUAACAGAUACAGAAAACUAGUACGUCUUUACAGAGCAGGGAUACAGAGCUGUUUUCCUUAUCUUAAUGAUAAAGCAACAAGUUCAACACACAUUGUGUUACUCACAUACAUACAUAUUGUAUUCACUGGUUAUUAAUGGGAAGAUAUCUCUUUUGAAUAGACCAUCUGGAAAUGUGUCGAAAGAUUGCUGAGAAGGUCAGCCUUGAUAUGGGGAAACAAUCUUAUCUGACCAAUUAUUUGCAUGUGGAAUAUUAUUUUCAGAACAGCUACUUAUUCUCAGGAGCAAGCAACCGCGGUGCUUUGGUAUUUGAAGCUGUACACAUUAUGUAAAUAUAGAGGGAUUGGUCAUAUUUUGUUUCUUGGCAGCUUUCCUGGAAAUGAAUAUGAGACCCUUUUCACAGGUCGUCAAUAGGGUAAAGUAACUUCCGGUUCCGGUAAUUUUAACAACAGGUCGGUUUAUUUACGUCUGUCACAGCACCAGCCUGCUCAGUGUAUAUCACUGUGUCUAUACUGGUGCAAUGCCAGACCUAAAGCCAACAGACCCCUUGUUAAUGAGCUACACCUGUGCAUUUCCUACUGUGAAAAGGGUCUUGCAUUUCGAAUUUCAAAUAACUUUUGUCAGGGGAUUUUGUAGGGAAUGGCAAGAGUGUCGCAUCCACGAUCAUUAUUGCGAUGUUGAACACGAUGUGGGAUUGCAGGCAGUUAUCAUUUUCUGUAUCCAAACCAUUUAUUGACUUUAUUUCACAGAACAGAGACGUUCUUCAGAAAGCUAUUAUCGCCUAGAAGUCCUUGAAUGGAUGUAAGAUGCAAUCCAGUCUGAUAAUCGAAUGGUCGAUAUUAAGCUAAUUUCAGCAUGGAUUCAUGUAAAAUAUUAAGAGUUGUUGAUUUUAUUAUGACUGCCCUGAUCUCUUGGGGCGUUGAUAUUUAUAUAAUAUAUAUAACACAUUUAACAUAACAGGCUUGCAAGAACAACCAACAAUGUAUGUUUCAAACCAAAACUACCUCCGUUUCUCAAAGACUCAAUUCUCAGAGGAUGAAUGCAGCAUAACAAUGGAUGGACAUUUUUAUUUAUAUACAAAAUAUUUGUAUUAAAUCAGCAUGCUUCAUAGUUGAUUUAAUAAUGAUCGUCUUCAUUAUUUUUCUGAGAUGUACUGUCGUAUUAUCAUUAUCUUAGUCAGGAUUUGUUCCAUUUGUUGAACAUACUUUUGUCAUGCCAAUAAGCCAUUAAAUGAGAAUGCAUCAUAAUUUGUUACACAUGUCGAAAGGUCUUUGUGGGUUUCAAAGUAAGUUACAAAAACUAGAAAUGUAUCCUGUAAUAUGCAUACACUGUAUAAUAGCCAUUAUGCCAUUUGUUAUUGUGAAUAAAGAUUUUUUUGUUUGUUUGUU